CGCUUAUUUCCGGAACGCUCUGUUGGCCAUCACUGUCCGCGGAUGUUUCGAUUGCGCCUCCGUACACUUUCCCUCCAUAUCAGUCGCUUGAGCUUUUCUAAACCUAGAUGUCAUCGCGGCAUGUAUGGCCGUUUUCGAACAUCUCUUUACGGAGUUACCGGAACAACGAUCGCCGUUAUUUUGCCAUCGAUUAUUUGGCUUGACACAGAGAACCAGGGGCCAAUCCCCGAGAGGACUACUAACAAAAGCAAGGAAAAUGAUGAGCCAUCAUUUUCGUCGCUUCUUCGGUCAUAUUUUGUUUAUACCCUGUGCUCCAUCACACCGCUGGUCGAUGCCGGUCCACAAAUUAUCUCGACCCUAUUUGCAAUACCUAUCCUCAAGCAGGUUUCUGAACUUGUUAUCCGUGAAUCAUUCUUUAAACAGUUUGUUGGAGGCGAGACACUUGAGGAAACUUCGCCACUCAUCAGAAAUCUCAGGCGGCGAUCGAUCGGUUGCCUAUUAGCGUACAGCGUUGAAUACGAUGAGAGCGUGGAGCCUAUCAUGAACAGCGAGGUCCAAACCGUGACACGCGUAAAUCGGCAUAACAUUGAUGAGAUGGCUCACUCAAUUCGGGUGGCUGGCGACCUCGAAAACCGAUCCGAUGGUUAUCCCGGAGGAAAGACAUGGGUCGCUCUCAAAUUGAGUGCUCUCCUCAGAGACCCACAGUGUAUGGAGCGGUUCUCGAUAUAUCUUAAUUCUUCUCGCAGUCCAAAGACCCUUUCGGUGCCUUACCCACAUACGAACGAACCUGGGGACCUGGCAAUCUUUACCAAUCCUAAAUUUGCUCCCCCGCCAGAUUCCAUUAUGAACCUGGAUGAUGUCAGUGCUAUUAGAUCGCUUUACGAUGAGUUGCGUCGACUUUGCAUAAUUGCGAGGGAAAAAGGCGUCGCGCUCGUCUUUGAUGCUGAGCACACUUGGUAUACUCCUGCUAUCGACACUUUCACUCUGGCUCUAAGCCGUGAAUUCAAUCACGCACAGGAGCCAAAACCAGGAGCAUUCGCUCCUCAACCCCUCAUCUAUGCAACCUAUCAGUCUUACUUACGUCGUGGGACGCGACAUCUCGCAGCUCAUCUGGAGGAUGCCAAACAGAAGGGCUACGUUCUCGGUGUCAAGCUCGUCAGAGGCGCAUAUCAGUCCUUGGAACAUGAUGUUUAUCAACUAGGGAAGAGAGGUGAGGAGAGGAUCAUUCAAGAGAGAGGGAAAGGGAAUGGUGCUAGAGGGGCUACCCUUGCUCAUGCGCAGGCGGUCGGUGGAAACGAAGCCCCUGUCUGGACCAGGAAGGAGGAUACCGACAAGACAUAUAAUGAGUGCAUUGAAUUGCUUCUUUCCAGUCUGGCUUCCGACCGCCUCAGGAAUGGUACUCCACUGGUUGGUGUGAUUUUCGCCACCCACAACCGUCAGAGUUGCGAUCUAGUUCUCAAUAGUUUACUCGCGUACAAACUUGCUACCCGAGAUAUGGAUGAAUCAACAGGGCCCAUUCUGCGCGUGCCAAAAAUGGUUUCGGAUCGUAUAACUUUUGGCCAAUUGCUAGGCAUGCGUGACGACCUCACAAACUACAUAGCUGCGAACGUCAUAGCCUCAAGUCCGAUGGUUUUGAAAUACGUACCAUAUGGCCCUUUGGAAAAUGUAAUCCCCUAUCUUUCCCGGAGAAUUGUCGAGAACAAGUCUGUGUUGGGGGCCUCUGGUGAAGCUGGAGCAAGUGGAGAAAGCCGUCGAGCCGCCCUAGCAUUGAAGCAAAAGCUCAUGGAAAUACUUAGACUAUGACCACGACCUGUGUAAAUUGGAGUGGCAGUCCCACGUAUCGACAUUCACUGUCGUUGGCUGAAGAAGUUGUGGCUUGUCUAUCUGAUGUUGGAGUGAUGUGCCAUGAUACAUCACCAUAUGUUUACCCGACUUCUAAUUAGCCUAGAUAUGAAGCCUCACGGAGGCGAGUUCAAUGACUGAUUUGUCCAU